AAGAAAUGUAUGUUGAAAGCUUUAGAGAAAAGUUACGCUCGAAAAAGUUUUUGAAGUUUUCUCUCUCUUUCGGAGACAAGUACGACGCAGCUAAUACAGUUUAGUCUUCGCAUGAGUUUCUGAGCACGCCUGAGUUUUCCGGUUUUCACAUGCCACGGACUGAGGCGAGCUGAGUGAUUAUCUGCCUGCUGGUGUGAAAUGCGAGGCUCAGUUCGACUUCACAACUUUUCAAAAGCUUAGGGACAUCAUAGUUAUACUUGUUUUAUAUCUAUUCAAGCAGCAAUAGCUGUAAAUAUUUGUCAAAUUACCUUCUUCUGCUGAUCAAUUCUGUCAAGUUUUCUUGAAAUCGGUUUUGUACAGGUCCCAGUUUGAGUUCCACCUGCAGACUAGGUAUCACAACCUUUCAUCAACUUACAUAUGAUGUACCGGGUAUGGAAUGGAGUUUCUCGUGGUGUCCGUGGAGCGCGGAGGGUGCCGCCGACUCCGUCCCGUCCGGCCAGCUCGGCGGCGGCGGACGGAGGAGGAGGCGGCUCGGUGGAUAUCAGUCAGAUCCCGCUGACAGAGCCGAUCCCCGGCCUGCCCACCCCGGUGGGAUCGGCGGCCGUGUACGGCGCCACAGAGACCCAGGUGACGACCCUCAGUAACGGACUGAGAGUCGCCUCUGAGCCCAAGUUCGGACAGCACUGCACAGUCGGAGUGGUUGCUGACGCCGGUUCGCGGUACGAAGUGGCCUACCCGAGCGGCAUCUCUCACUUCCUGGAGAAACUCUCCUUCGGGGCCACGAAAAAGUUCAAAGACCGGAACGACAUAAUGCUGACGCUGGAGCGUCUUGGCGGCAUCUGCGACUGCCAGCAGUCCAGGGACGUAUCGAUCCACGCGGCCUCUGCCGAGGCGCGGCACGUGGAUGGCGUGGUGGACCUACUGUCAGACGUUGUCCUGCGGCCCCUCUUCACCGAGGACGAGAUGCAGAUGACGCGAAUGAUGAUCCAGUAUGAGCUGGAGGAUAUCGAGAGAAACCCCAACAAGGAGGCGCAGCUCAUGGAAAUGAUACACGCGGCGGCGUUCCGGGAGAAUACGCUCGGCCUGCCCAAGACGUGUCCGGCCAACAACGUGGACCAGAUCAGCCGGCGCCUGUUGUACACCUACCUGCGCCACCACUUCGCGCCCAGCCGCCUGGUGGUGGCUGGUGUGGGCGUGGAGCACCAGCGGCUCGUGGACGCCGUCCAGAGACACUUUGUGGACGAGCCGGCCAUCUGGGAGGCGGAGCCCGAGCUCGUGCUACCCGGGAAGACGGGCGUCGACACGUCCGUGGCCCAGUUCACCGGCGGACAGGUCCUGAUCGAGCAGGACCUGUCUGACGUCUCGCUGGGCCCGUCGCCGAUGCCCGAGCUGGCGCACCUGGUGCUCGGUCUGGAGUCGUGCUCCCAUCACAGCGCUGACUUUGUCACCACCUGUGUGCUCAGUACGCUGAUGGGCGGCGGCGGCAGCUUCAGCGCCGGAGGGCCCGGCAAAGGCAUGUACAGCCGGCUCUACACCAACGUCCUCAACAGACACCACUGGAUGUAUAACGCCACGGCGUUCAACCACGCGUACACGGACAGCGGCCUGUUCUGCAUCUACUCGUCAGCCCACCCGAGCCAGCUGCGCGAGCUGUGUGACGUCAUCGUGCGCGAGCUGACCGCCAUGGCCGGGCCCAUGGACGUGGUCGAACUCGAGCGUGCCAAGAAGCAGCUGACGUCCAUGCUGCUGAUGAACCUGGAGGCGCGGCCCGUUCAGUUCGAGGACAUUGGCAGACAAGUUCUGGCCACCGGGCACAGGAAACAACCCAAACACUACAUCGAUCAAAUCAGCCGGGUGACGGCCGACGAUGUCCGCUCGGUGGCCUCCUCCAUGCUGAGGGCCAAGCCGGCGAUGGCCGCGCUCGGCUCGCUGGCCAAGCUGCCGACCCUCUCCGACAUCGAGGCGGCGCUGCUGAACCCGGGCAGGGCGCCCGGCCGGCGGCGGUACUCCCUUUUCUAGCCGGCCGUGCGAGUGGUGGUUGUAGGUGGCGCUGUCCGGCCUGUGGAACUGAUAUAGAUGUCGCUGGUGGCAGUUGUGAGUGCUGAACGAGCGAGUGAAUGAUGAGCCAAGCGAUAGAGCGGGAUACUGAAGAGAUCGCUGGUGUCAGCGGCGAGCGAUGUGUUUGUUAUGAUUUGAAUGUCAUUUGGGGUACAUUUAAGACAGUUGUGUGCGUGACUGAUGAAAGACAACUGAACACGUGUGAGGUAACGCCGUCAGUAGUUGUGGUGUAUACGCAGCGAUUCCCGUCAUUCGCAGAUGCUGUGGGCUUUGCUGAGUGGCUCCCAUUGAAACGAGUGCAAUGUUUUGCGACUGAGGUGCCAAUUCAGGAUCGUGUGAUUGAAACACAGUCGUGCUUGCUAGCCGCAACAUGAACAAUCUCUUUCGGCAGGAUUUAACUUCGUCGUUUUUGUUUCCGCCGACUCCGAGCGGCAGCCUUAGCCCCGUGGGACGUGUCUCCCCGUAUAUUUGCGGCCGGACCUCCUCUGAUUCAGGUCUGAUGCGUAUGCCAUUGAUGCCUGGACGUGCUUUGUAUCUGACAGGGCCGCUGUGAUCUAUUGCCGAAGUGGUGGAACGUACCAGUGUACAUUUUCGUUCGUGAUCGGAAAUAAACGAUCUUUGCAAAUUUG